UUCAGCAAUCCCGCAACAGCAGAUCUCUCACGUUUGUCUUUAACGUCACAGUCUUGAAGUUAAGCAUUCGAAAGCGACCACUUGCAGUUGGUUUUCUUCUCUGCGAAAUAGUGACCAUUCAACGGAACGACAGAAAUACACACGCAUAUAUAAUUUGACCUUUUUUAUUUUUAUUUUAAAGGAUUCAAGUUUGCCCCGGCAAGCUGAGACUGCAGCUUUCGGGGCACAUCACCUGGAUUUAGAGAGAAGGAUUUUUUUUUUUUUUCCUGCGAGAAGCUGUUCUUUAAUUUUUUUCGCAUGAAUCUCCUCGAUCCUUACCUGAAGAUGACAGAAGAACAGGAGAAGUGUCACUCAGACGCUCCCAGCCCAAGCAUGUCUGAGGACUCCGCGGGCUCGCCUUGUCCGUCCGGGUCCGGCUCGGACACUGAAAACACUCGUCCGUCCGACAACCACCUCCUCAUGGGUCCAGACUAUAAGAAGGAAAACGAAGAAGAAAAGUUCCCUGUGUGCAUCAGAGAUGCGGUGUCUCAGGUGUUGAAGGGUUACGACUGGACGCUCGUCCCUAUGCCGGUGCGCGUCAACGGUUCGAGUAAAAGUAAACCCCACGUCAAAAGACCCAUGAACGCAUUCAUGGUGUGGGCUCAAGCUGCACGGAGAAAGCUGGCCGAUCAGUACCCACAUCUGCACAAUGCGGAACUCAGCAAAACCCUUGGUAAACUUUGGAGAUUGCUCAAUGAGGUAGAGAAGCGUCCGUUUGUGGAAGAGGCUGAGCGUUUGCGAGUGCAACAUAAGAAGGAUCACCCCGAUUACAAAUAUCAGCCAAGGCGGAGAAAAUCGGUCAAGAACGGGCAAAGCGAACCUGAGGACAGCGAACAAACUCACAUCUCUCCAAAUGCCAUUUUCAAGGCGCUGCAGCAGGCCGACUCUCCGGCUUCAAGCAUGGGCGAGGUGCAUUCACCAGGAGAGCACUCAGGUCAGUCACAGGGUCCACCAACACCCCCAACAACCCCAAAGACAGACCUUCCCUCCAGCAAAACUGACCUGAAGCGUGAGGGACGGCCCAUACAGGAGGGCACUAGUCGCCAGCUCAACAUUGAUUUUGGAGCUGUGGACAUUGGUGAGCUGAGCAGUGAGGUUAUCUCCAAUAUGGGAAGCUUCGAUGUUGACGAGUUUGAUCAGUACCUGCCACCUCACAGCCAUACUGGGGUGAACGGUGCAGCACAGGUCGGCUAUACCAGCAGCUAUCCCAUUAACAGUUCCUCAGUCGGCCAGCCAGCCAGUGUUGGAGCCCACGCCUGGAUGUCCAAGCAGCAGCAGCAGCAGCAGCAGCAGCAACAGCAGCACUCUCUGACCACUCUGGGUGGAGGAGGAGAGCAAGGCCAGCAGGGUCAACAGAGAACCACCCAGAUUAAGACAGAGCAGCUGAGCCCCAGCCACUACAGCGAGCAGCAGGGCUCCCCACAGCAUGUCACCUAUGGGUCAUUCAACCUACAGCACUACAGCACCAACUCUUACCCCUCCAUCACCAGAUCACAGUAUGACUAUUCAGACCACCAAAGUGGUGCCAACUCCUACUACAGCCAUGCAGCUGGCCAAGGCUCAAACCUGUACUCCACCUUUAGCUACAUGAGCUCCAGCCAGAGGCCAAUGUACACCCCGAUCGCUGACACCACCGGGGUGCCCUCUGUGCCGCAGACCCACAGCCCGCAGCACUGGGAGCAGCCCAUUUACACACAACUCUCUAGGCCCUGAGGAGGCAAUCUGAGGACUGACUAUAUAACACCUACAUCCCAGACUUUCUGCUCAGUGGCGUUUGCGCCAUCACGCCACACGCCAUACAUUGCCAACAGAAAAACAUGACACGAACUUUUUUUUUUUUAUAGUUCUAAAAAUAUAUCUUUGGAUUGGCUCACAACAGUGCCUUUUGUAUUGGUUUGAAUUGUGAUUAUAUUUUUUUAGAUAUAAUGUUUAAAAAAAGUUAAAUCCUCUGUGAGGACAUACUGGCUAUAAAUAUAUUAGUAUGUACUGUGUAUGUGUUCUGCCCUUGUCAUUAUUAUCAUAAUCAGUGUCAUCAGCACCCAGCACAUCUAAAGGAGCAGGAAUGCCGAUUAAAAAAGAACACCCCCAGUGGCCUUACUUCUCACUAAUGUAUUUUUGUACAGGAAGUAAGAAACUGUUUACUGACACUGCCGUCUUAUAAUAGCCUACGUUCUGUUUUGAAUUUUUGUACUGUACAUAUUUUAUUGUGAUUCCAAUGACACAGGUUUGAAAUAGAUUAGAAUUUUUGGCCACGAUAUGACCGUGUCAUCAGUGAAUUAGUCAAAUAUUCUACUUCUUGUUUGCUUUAGCUCAAAUUACUGUGCUGGAAAUGCUAUAGCAGGUGCCAUGUAACUCUCCUAAGGGCCUUACUGUGUUGCUAGAUGUAACAGCAAUGCUUGCUUUUUUUUUUUUUUUUUGCCUUGAAACCAUUGGUGCCUCGAGAGCUAUAGUAGUGAGGCUUUGUCCACUUGAAUUGCAGUGUGAAAACUAUAGCAUAGUUCUGACUUCCUGCUAGAAGAGAUACAGGAAGCGAUCUUUGACCUGAUCAAUCUCAGCAGCCAUCAGGUCUGAGUCUGGUGUGCUUCUAUCAAGCCUUCUGCCUCAACUUUUUUCCUAACCUUUCUCUUAAUUUAUUCUUUAGCAUUAAUUUUAUUUGAAAAUAACUAUUUGCAAUUUUCAUUUUAAUUCGGCAGCAGCUAGCUGAGGAGAAAUAGGUUGCUGUCAUAUGUGGUACAAAUUUGUUUAUUUAUCAUUUGUAAAUGUUUCCGUAUAAAAGUUCCUUUUAUUCACGAUCUAGUUAUGUACAGAAUACUUAUAAUUACACGAGCAAGUAAAAAGAAAAACUGGAAGUCUUUUCUUUUUUUUCCUCUCUCUUUCUAACAAAUGACUAAAUAAAUAUAAAAGCAGCUGUUUUGUAAAGAAUUUGCUGGAAUCAACAGGAUUUUCGUUUGUUUUUCAAAAACGUUGUGUUCCCCAUCUUAUAUUCUGUCCCAUUAGUUCCCAUUUCAUCAUCUUCUUAAUGCAGUUUCCCUAGGUAAACAUGGCAUUGUCUUUAAAGCUUAUCUUUUGUAUUAUAUUUGUUUGCAAUAAAAGCAAAACACAGAGAAA